GAGGGUGGUGACAGAGAGUAAAAAGAGAGAGAGAAAGUAAAAGCUGAGGUACAGUCUAGAAAGAAACUAAGAACACUGGUCUUUUACAAAUAUAUAAAAGUCUAGGGAUAAUUGAUAAUACUUCAUCUCUCAACCAGACCGACAGAGCUGAAAUUUGGGAAGAUGUAUGGAGAUUGUCAAGUGAUGUCAAACAUGGGUUCAGGAGGAAAUGGUGCAAUUCUUCCCUCAGAUUCAUUCUUCUCUUCGCAGAUUCAGAACCCUAAUUUCAACUUCAUGUCCAACAUGCCAUUUACUCAUGUUUACCCUUCUUUUCUUCCUAAGGAAGAUGGACUGCCAACACUGAAGAGGGGGAAGGAGGAGAUGGAAAGUGGUUCCGGUGGUAGCGAACAGAUUGAAGGAGGACUCUCCGGCAAUGAGCAAGACACUGCACAACAGCCUCCGUCGAAGAAGAAGCGCUACCACAGGCACACCGCCCAUCAGAUCCAAGAAAUGGAAUCGCUGUUUAGAGAAUGCCCACACCCGGAUGACAAGCAAAGGAUGAAACUAAGCCAAGACUUAGGCCUCAAACCGAGACAAGUGAAGUUUUGGUUUCAAAACCGUCGAACCCAAAUGAAGGCACAGCAGGACCGAGCUGAUAAUUCUGUACUCAGGACUGAGAAUGAUAAUUUAAAGAGCGAAAAUUAUCGACUCCAGGCUGCAUUAAGGAACAUCAUAUGUCCUGAUUGUGGAGGUCCGGCUAUGCUUGGGGACAUGAGUUUUGAUGCUCAACAACUUCGCAUUGAGAAUGCCAGGCUCAAAGAGGAGUUUGAGAAGGUUUGUAGUCUUCUCGCACGAUACAAUGGGCGUGCAAUGCAAGCAGUAGGACCAGCAGCUCCUCCUCUUUCCCCGUCCCUGGAACUCGACAUGAGUUUCUAUCCGAGGCCAUUCGAUCAGGACUCACUAGGGAACUGCACAUCCAUGUUUCCUGUCCCUCUGAUGCCCGAAAACUCGUCCCAAUUUCCGGGUGCGGGCGGGCUUCUGAUCAUGGAUCAAGAGAAGGCUCUUGCACUGGAACUGGCAUUGUCGUCCGUGGAUGAAAUAGUGAAGAUGUGUCACACUGCUGAGCCUCUCUGGAUUCAGAUGAGCGACGGAAAAGAAGUGCUUAAUGUGGAAGAGUACAACAAGAUGUUCCCGUGGCCAAUGAGGCUCGGGCAGCUCCCAAGUGAGCAGCUGAGGACUGAAGCCUCGCGCGACACUGCUGUCGUUAUCAUCAACAGUAUCACUUUGGUUGAUGCAUUUCUUGAUGCUGAUAAGUGGGUGGAAAUGUUUCCUUCCAUUAUAUCGAGAGCAAGAACUCUCCAAGUAAUUGCAUCCGGGGCUUCUGGCAAUGCGAAUGGCUCUCUUCAUCUCAUGUACGCAGAAAUUCAAGUACCAUCACCUCUGGUGCCCACAAGAGAAGCCCAUUUUCUGCGCUACUGCCACCAAAAUGUGGAGGAGGGGACUUGGGUUAUAGUUGAUUUUCCCCUUGAAAGCCUCCAAGAUUAUAGCUAUCCGCCUUCGUUUCCGAUAUACAAGAGAAGGCCUUCUGGUUGCAUCAUUCAAGAUAUGCCGAAUGGAUACUCAAGGGUUACAUGGGUUGAGCAUGUGGAGGUUGAGGAUAAACCAGUGCAUCAAAUCUUCAACCAGUUUGUGAACUCUGGCUUGGCGUUUGGAGCACAGCGUUGGUUAGCUGUCCUAAGGAGACAAUGCGAGAGGCUUGCUAGCCUCAUGGCGCGGAAUAUAUCUGACCUUGGAGUGAUAUCAUCUCCGGAAGCAAGAACAAACUUGAUGAAUCUGGCUCAAAGGAUGAUACGAACAUUUUGUGUUAGCCUAAGCAGUUCAAGUGGGCAGUCAUGGACAGCUCUUUCAGAUUGUCCCGAGGACACUAUCAGAAUAACUACAACAAAAGCCACAGAGCCUGGACACCCCAAUGGUUUGAUUCUCAGUGCUGUAUCUACUACCUGGCUGCCAUAUUCUCAUCAUCAAGUCUUUGAUCUCUUAAGGGACGAACGCAGCAGAGCUCAGAUGGAAGUCCUCUCCAAUGGAUAUUCUUUGAAUGAGGUGGCUCAUAUUGCAAAUGGCUCUCAUCCCGGAAAUUGCAUUUCUCUCCUUCGCAUAAAUGUAGCAAGCAACUCAUCACAAACUGUGGAGUUCAUGCUGCAGGAGAGCUGCACAGACGAAUCUGGAAGUAUAGUUGCCUACACCACCCUCGAUGUAGAUGCUGUUCAACUAGCAAUGAAUGGUGAAGAUCCAUCCUGCAUUCCCAUCCUCCCACUUGGAUUUGUCAUCGUCCCAGUGAACCAAAACAAUGGCAUUGCUACUCAAGACCCUGGCUGUCUCCUCACAAUAGGCCUCCAAGUUCUCGCCAGCACAGUCCCAAAUGCAAAGCUCAACCUCUCAAGUGUCACUGCUAUUAACAAUCACAUCUGCAACACAAUUCACCAAAUCAACACCGCGCUCAGUGGUGCCAGCACAAGUGGAUGCCAUGACAGCAGCGGCCUCAUAGGGGGAAGAUCAUCCGCAGAAUCACCAUCUGGGAUGCAAAAGAAAGAGUCUGUCAGCACCUCUAGGGAAAGCCAGUAAAUCAAGAUAUUGAAAUCCUCUGAGCACAAUGAGGGUCUUUUGAUUUCCUUUUUCUUAUUAAAUUUCUUUUUUUUUCAAGACAUAAGCUUAAAGGACAAAGAUGUCAGAAAACUUCGUGACUCUUUGGUGGACAAUAAAAGAGGUUCUCUAGGUAGGUAACUGGUGUGUGCAUGGCUUAAAUGCAUUGUAUGAUGAUCAACUCUGCAGAGCUAGUCAAUGCAUAUGGAUGGGUAAUGAAUAGUAGGGAUGUGACCAGGUAGAUGUUUGCAGGUUAAUGGAAGUCAAGAACGCACCAGAUAAAUUUCCUUGCCAGUUGGCUUAGGCCAAUUAUUUCUGAGGAUGGUGGUUCGGGAAUUGACUUCUUCCUUUUUUGCUUCUUUCUUGAACGCUAUAUGAAUGGAGUAUUUUUCAUUAA